AUGGAACGCUUCUGUUCAGCAAACGUAGUGGCUUUAUUGGGGGAAAAGUUUGGUGUGGGCGACGCUACUUCUCCAAGUAGAGAGGAAAUCAAAAUGGCACAAAGAUUGGCUGAUAUAAUUAUGCGGCAUGCCGAGGGUGAUGAGUUGGAGGUAGAGGAGGAUGAGGAGGUGUGCAGUGAAAGUGAAGAUGAAGUGGAAUCAUCGACAGACCUAGAUGAUGGUGCCAUCCCC